AUGCAUUCGAACAACGUGACAAAUACAAUUUUAUUAUUUGAAAAAUUAAUAAAAAGCGCUGAAAAGAGCAAUGUAACAAAAAAGAUUAUCACAAGAACAAAAAAAAUUGAACAUAAUUUUGAUUUAAAUCGGCCAAAUCAAAAAGAUGAUCAAACAAUUAUAUCUAGCGACGCCAAAGCUCCCAAUUUUACAACUCCAGUAAUCAAUAAAAACGGGGAGCUCAAAAAGAAGAAGUUUAAAGGAAUUUCGAACAAAAUUGCUUUUUUUGAAAAGAAAGCAACAACAAUUAAGAAUUCUAGCAAUACAGUGAUCAAAAAUCAAAGGGAAAAUCUAUGGGGUAGAUUAAAUAAACUAAACCAAAUUAAAGAAAAACUUCAUGUAGGAGGUAAUGGUGGUCAAUGCGUACUAGGAGGAAGACAAUAUAAACACGACCAAGACAUUACAGAGGAAGAAUACAAAAAUGAUAUAGAUGUUGAGGAAACUUGUAAAAAACUGAUACCCAAUAAUUAG